AUGACUUGUAAAUACUUUUCUGCUGGACAUUGCGAAUAUGGCUCACGAUGUCGGUAAGUGGGUUGCUAAGUAUUAUAGUGUUUUAGUUACGACCAUGUGAAGCCUAAGUCAGCACCAAAACCUUCGACUGAAUCAAAUAGAACACGAAUUAGAAAUAUUCGAAAAGAAGUAGCCGAGAUGGACAAAGUAGGUUUGUUUAUACGGUUUUCAGGCUCUAGAUUACACGUUUUUUUCUUGGGGGGAGGUCACCACAGGUAGAUAGGGAAUUCUUGCAAAAUUUUUUACAUUUAGCAAAAAACCAUGGAUUUUUCUAAUCAAGAGAAUCGACACGAAAAUUCGAAGCCAUGUUCAUCCAAUGGUCAAUCUAAGCUGUCCAGUGCUUGGUCUAAACCUUUAAAAUUCUCAGUUGAUGCCCCAGUGUUUGUUCCACGACAAUUGCUGCCUUCGGAGGUUCAAUUGUGUCCUUAUUUUGAAGUUAGCGGAGAAUGUGUAAAAGGUCGGUUUAAUUUCCUGGUUAUAUAUGUUCAUUUUUAGGUGAUUUAUGUGCUCUUGUUCACGGUGAUUUGUGCGAAAUGUGUGGACAGUUUGUGCUUCACCCUUACAACGAAGAUAGCCGCAGGACACAUCAUAGAGAAUGCCUUUCUGACCAUGAAAAGGCCAUGAAGGAUGCCUUCCUAAAUCAAGUAUCUGCAGAAAAACAGUGUGGAGUCUGUAUGGAAAAUAUUGUUGCGAUUGGUGCCCGGUUCGGAAUCCUGCAAAAUUGUAAACAUUGUUAUUGUUUGAAAUGUAUAAGAGAAUGGAGGAAGAAGGAGGAAUUUGAGAAGAAAGUUGUGCGGUAAGAUUAAGAUAAUUUUUUUUUAUUCGUUCUCGUCUUUUCAGCUCAUGUCCUGAAUGCCGUGUGCGCAGUGACUUCAUUAUUCCUUCAUCGGUUUGGGUCGAAGACCAACAGGAAAAGGACGAGAUCAUAGCUGUUUACCAACAAAACAUGUCCCAGAAGGUAUGUAAAUAUAUGGCCAAGGGCGUGGCUGAGGAUUGUCCAUUCGGGAACAAGUGUUUUUAUAAACAUCAACUCCCGGAUGGGUCUGUGGUGGCCGGCAAGUCUCCGAAGGAGCUGAGAUCCCGCCUGAAUCAUCGUUACAAUCUCUCCGAGGCCUUUGAGUUCAUCGCCUCGAUGGAUUUAAUCCAGGCCGCCUUAAUGGAAGACCUCUGGACUGAUGACUCGACCGACGAGGAUUAA